AGGGAUAAAGAGAGACAAGGGAAGAGAGAGAGAGAGAGAGUGUGUGAGAGGGACAGAGAGAGGGCGGGAGAUACAGCAGCUGGAAGCAAGAGAGAAAAUCCCGGCCCAGCCACUGCAAGCAUCAUUUUACACAUCGGAUUUAAUCCGUUCUCGUCGACCACCAAUUCACGUAAGGGCCAAGAUAUGAGUUUCACCCGCUGAAGUCACUUCAUGCUGAACUGCCUGCGCGACUCGGGAGAGACCUUCACUCUGCUUGUUGCUGAUGCAGGACGUGGAGUGGGAGUGUUGCGGGUGCGGUUUCUGUGACACAGGAGGGGGAGAGAGAGAAAUUAGCCAUAGGACAGAGUGGGAACGUGGUCCAGUGCUGUCCUCAGCUCUCCAGUGUGUUGCCCCCCUCUUCCCAGUUCACUGACCCUCUGUCUGUCUGGUGUGAGCAGCCAUGACUAAGUCCUAUGAGUUUAACUGGCAGAAGCACCUGCCUGGCUUCAUGCAGGAAGGAGCUUCCUUCGACAGGUUUGACGAGGAUCCGUUUCUGUUUGAGCCCAACUGUCUGGUCAAAGUGGACGAGUUUGGCUUCUUCAUCACGUGGAAGAGCGAUGGAAAGGAGGGCCAGGUUCUAGAAUGUUCUCUGAUCAACAGUAUUCGAGUCGGAGCCGUGCCAAGGGACCCUAAGAUCCUGUCUUCGUUCGAGGCAGUGGGGAAGAAGGAGGAGGAGUUGGAGGGGAGUGUCAUCUGCAUCUGCAGCGGCACUGACCUCGUUAACCUCUCCUUCAUGUACAUGGUGGCUGACAGUCCAGAUACUGCUAGGAAGUGGACGGAGGGUUUGAGGUCAGUGAUCCACAAUUUCAGAGCCAAUAACGUCUGUCCUAUGACCUGCCUCAAGAAACAUUGGAUGAGGAUGUGCUUUUUGACCAACGUGAACGGCAAAAUCCCAGUGAGAACCAUCACACGGACAUUUGCAUCUGGGAAAACCGAGAAAGGAAUCUUUCAGGCUCUGAAGGAACUGGGACUGCCUAGUGGAAAGAACGAUGAGAUAGAACAUUCAGCGUUCCCCUUCGACAUCUUCUAUGCCCUGACUCAGAAGAUCUGCCCUCGUACUGACAUCGAGGAACUCUUCAAGAAAAUCAAUGGGGACAAAAGUGAUUUUUUAAACGUAGACCAGUUAGUCAGCUUUCUGAAUGAAAACCAGCGCGACCCGCGGCUAAACGAGAUCCUGUUCCCCUUCUACGAACCUAAACGAGCCAUGCAGAUCAUCGAGAAGUACGAGAGAGACCCCGACCUUAAGAAGAAAGGCCGUAUGUCCAGUGAUGGCUUCUGCAGGUACCUGAUGUCAGAUGAGAAUGCCCCGGUGUUCCUGGACUGCCUGGAGCUCUACCAGGACAUGGAGCAGCCGCUGGCCCACUACUUCAUCGCCUCCUCCCACAACACCUACCUGAACGGGAGGCAGUUCGGAGGGAAGUCCUCCGUGGAGAUGUACAGACAGGUGCUGCUCUCCGGCUGCAGGUGUGUAGAGCUGGACUGCUGGGAUGGUAAAGGAGAAGACCAGGAGCCUAUUAUCACUCACGGGAAGGCCAUGUGUACUGACAUCCUCUUCAAGGACGUGAUCUCAGCCAUCAGGGAAACAGCCUUUGUGACGUCUGAGUAUCCUGUGAUCCUGUCAUUUGAAAACCACUGCAGUAAACCCCAGCAGUACAAGAUGGCUCGGUAUUGUGAGGAGAUCUUUGGAGACUACCUACUGAGGCAUCCUCUCGAGGGAUACCCUGUUGAAGCGGGCCGUCCCUUGCCUUCUCCCAACGACCUCAAACGCAAAAUCCUCAUCAAAAACAAACGCUUGAAACCAGAGGUGGAACAGAAGCAGUUAGAGUCCUUUAAGAAGCACAUGGAGGCAGGAGAGACCAACACACCAGCCAUCUUACUGGGAGCAGAGACAGAGGAAGAUGUGGAGAACGCUCUAGGUGAUGUGAAGGAUGUGAUUCCUGACUUGAAGACCAGUACCUCAGAGGAGCCUAGUGAAGAGAACAGCCUCAGCACCAGUGUUAGUAUCAGUGACAGUGUCAGUGUGAACAAAGACAGAGAGGAGAAGGAGAGGGACAACAGCAUCAAAAAGGUGGUGGAGGAGGAUCCAACAGAGAUGUCUGAGGCCACAGAAGCAACAGACGCCACAGACAUCUCGGAGGCUUCUGAGGAUAACAACAACAAAAAGACUGGCGAGACUACGGAUGACGAGGAGGCUCUGAUAGCCUCGUACACGUACGUAGGAGCCACCACCAACAUCCACCCCUACCUCUCUGCCAUGGUUAACUACGCACAGCCUGUCAAGUUCCAGAGCUUCGACGUCGCAGAAGAGAGGAACAUUCACCACAACAUGUCGUCAUUUAACGAGUCAGUGGGUCUGGGUUAUCUGAAGACCAACGCCAUCGAGUUUGUCAACUACAACAAGCGUCAGAUGAGUCGGAUCUACCCUAAAGGAGGCAGGGUGGACUCCAGUAAUUACAUGCCUCAGAUCUUCUGGAACGCAGGCUGCCAGAUGGUCUCCCUUAACUACCAGACCCCAGAUCUGGCCAUGCAGUUGAACCAGGGAAAGUAUGAGUACAAUGGAUCCUGUGGGUAUCUGUUGAAGCCAGACUUCAUGCGUCGCUCAGACAGGAUGUUUGACCCCUUCUCAGAGACACCUGUGGAUGGGGUCAUUGCUGCUACCUGCAGUGUACAGGUGUUUUCUGGUCAGUUCCUGUCUGAUAAGAAGAUUGGGACCUACGUGGAGGUGGACAUGUACGGGUUGCCCACGGACACCAUCCGCAAAGAGUUCCGCACGCGUAUGGUGAUGAACAAUGGCCUGAACCCUGCCUACAAUGAAGAACCUUUCGUCUUCAGGAAGGUGAUUCUACCAGACCUGGCUGUGCUGCGUAUAGCUGUGUAUGAUGACAAUAAUAAGCUGAUAGGUCAGAGGAUCCUACCAUUGGAGGGUCUACAGGCAGGAUACAGACACAUUUCUCUACGCAAUGAAGGGAACAAGCCUCUGUCUUUACCUACUGUCUUCUGUAACAUAGUACUCAAGACCUACGUACCCGAAGGCUUCGGAGCCAUCGUGGAUGCCCUGUCAGACCCAAAGAAGUUCCUGUCCAUAGCAGAGAAGAGAGCGGACCAGAUGAGAGCUCUGGGGAUUGAAACGAGUGACAUAGCAGAUGUGCCAAACGAGAGUUCGAAGAACGACAAGAAAGGGAAGGUGAACGCCAACGUGAAGGCCAACGUCACGCCACAGACCAGCUCGGACCCGGCUCAGUCCUCUAAGUCUGCCCAGAACAACACCACAGAGACCAAGAAGGAUACAAAUACCCUCGUGCCUCAUGUGAACAUUGAUGACUUGAAACAGAUGAAGACGUACCUUAAACAGAUUAAGAAGCAGCAGAAAGAACUGAACUCUUUAAAGAAGAAGCAUGCAAAGGACCGCACCAUCAUGCAGAAGUCCCACUGCACCCAGGUGGACAAGAUGAUCGCUCAGCACGACAAGGAGAAGCUGACACAGGAGAAACUGUUGGAGAAGGCCAUCAAGAAACGAGGAGAAAGCAACUGUCUGGAGUUGAAGAAGGAGACUGAGAGUAAAGUGGAGAGCCUGACCACUGACCACAAGGCUAAGGUGAAGGAUAUUACAGCCCAGCACACUAAGGAGUGGUCAGAGAUGAUCAACUCCCACAGCAGUGUUGAGCAGGAUAUGAAGGACAUCCACGUGGUCCAACAGUGUGAACACCUCAAGAAACUACUGAGCGGAGUCCAGGAACAACAGACUCUAUCGCUCAAACUGAUCCACGAACGCCAGAGCAAGGAUAUGCGGGCCAACCAGGCCAAGACAUCCAUGGAGAACAGCAAGGCCAUCAGCCAGGACAAGACCAUCAAGAACAAGGCCGAGAGGGAGAGGAGAGUUAGAGAGUUGAACAGCAGCAACACCAAAAAGUUCCUUGAGGAGAGGAAAAGGUUGGCUAUGAAGCAUCAGAAGGAGAUGGAGACACUGGAGAAGUCGCAGAAAGAACAGCUAGAGGAACUGGACAAGUUCAAUGAGCAGCUUUUGAAAUCACAUCAUGCCAAUAAACAGUGUCAAGGCCAAGGACAUCCAGCAGAUGGUGAAGCUGGAGGAGGAGAUGGACCGCAGACCAGCCACAGUGGUCUGAACACCCCCACCAACACCUGAGACACACACACACACACUAACCCCCUCAAACAACUGACACAGAGACCCAGACACACUCACACACCCCACUACACACACACCCUAGAUUCCGCCUUUCAUCCUCACCCUGCAAUAUUGUCAUAGUUCAUAUUCUCUAUCCCUGUAUAUCUCCCUCUGCAAUGAACCACUCCCACACAGUCUGUCCUCCCAUCUCUGACCACUCUCUCAGUUACAGAGUUAUCCCAUGUGCUAUUCCUAAACCCUUCACUCCAACCACUCCUCCACUCAAAACCCUACGCUGAGAACACCCCAAUGCCCCUGUGCUGCGGAGCCAUUGGUGCAGACCAGUGAUUGACAGUAAGACGAGCGACUGCGGUUGGAAGGUGGGCGGGACGUCCGAAACAUUGAGAGACACAACCCACCUCCACCUUUCCAUCUCUCCACCACUCUACCACACCCGGAUCUGCUUUUUAUACACAUUCCAUCCAUCUUUUUUAUCUAUUUUUAAUGGAAGCAAUGUUUGCAGAUAUUAUCAAUAGUCACUGCACACAUACACAAAGAUACAGACACACAUACACACUUAUUAUCACAUCUGUUCUUUCUGUUGUCAUGACGGCUCAAGUCGAAGGUAACAGAUCAUGUGUUCUGUUGAAACUCUUUGAAGACUUUUAUUUUUUAUUUUUAAUGGUACCAGGUAUCAAUAACAGCACCAGAAUAUGGACGGGGAAAAUACGUAUAUAUUAGUUAGGAAUUUUAUGUCAGCACAAAAUAUGUGAAUUAUACUGUAUGCUACACACGAGUUGAAGUAAUGUCCUGAGCACUUUAUAUGUGGUAGGCCAUCAUAACUGAAUUGGAAAAUGUAACAGUGCACUAGGUUUCUCUGUGUUUUGAUAAGAAUGUAAGACAAACGUUGGAUGAACGCUGUUCGGAGAAAACGUACCCAACGUCAGGUAGUCCUAAACACUGCAGUUUGUCCUUCACGCACACUUUUAUUUUAAUCAAAAUAUUUAUUAUAUGAUUUUAUCCCCCCCCUGCUUUGAUUCUUUCACACCGCCAGAAGUGUAUGCAGGAGGUAUGGCUGUAUAGACCAGUGAUCUUUCACUGGCCUCUCUAGCUACUUCAGAAAUAACCAGUUAAUGUAUUGUACGUGUCAAUGGCAAACGUUAUAAGCACCCUAUAAAGAAUGGUCUUCAUAAAUCUUCAUAAACUCCAAUGUGGAUCCAUUUUCAACAAUAUAUACAGUACAAUGUGUUUUCAUAGACCCUUGAAUCCCUAUAAGUACCUCAGCCUAAUGUAAGUGAAACACCCAGCUAGCUCUGCUUAUUUCUCAGUAAUUCAAACAUUGUUCAAAUGAUGUGCUCUCUGAGAAGCUCUUCUGACUGUACCUCAGCUGUAAUAUAAUCCCUGUACUGUUCUCGCCUGUCCCAUAGCCAAGGAGAUUCGGUAUGGUAGUAAUAGGCUUAUUACAACCUUAUUACACGGUUAUUACAUGGUUUUUACAUGCUUAUUAAUAUCCCUUUACUGGCCUCUGGUCCAGCUGACAACACGUCGCUUAGCAGCUCAGAACAGUAUGUUGUGCGGACGUUUCUAGUUGAUUUAAUUUAAAACCAGAUAUUCCUCAGCUGUGUUAUCAGUGACGAAGCAAAACUGUGUAGAAAACCACUUAAUUGGCUAUUGGUGUGAAUAUCAAAACAAACCAUGUCAGGACAGGAAGUACUAAUCUGUUGUUGUUGUUUCUGGGUUUGUAGAGACAGUAAGGAUGGACUUAACAGAGGUUCAUAGCUCGCUGUGUCUCAGCCAUAAUGACACAGUGGAGUUGGAUGGAGUUGUCCCUAACAUCUGGUCUAGGGUCAGAUAUAAUUUCAUCCCACUUAUGGUGAAGGUUAGAUCUGGGUAAAGGGUAGCCUAACCUGUGGCAGUGACAGAAUUGGAAAGGCGGCCAUUUUAGUGAGAUAUGCAUUGUGGGAGUGUUGUUAUGAAGUAAUCAUGGGUACUGUAGUUUGUGUGCAUAUACUGUGUACACAAACAGACAACUGUGUGGUCAGGCGUUCAUACUGCAUGGCAUUACACUCACAAAGAUUGACCAAAACAGAUAUUACACAAAAUACACAAUAAGUGACAACAACCCCUACCGAUUUGUGUACUUUUAAACUUUAUUUCUGCUGUAUAAUUCUGCUGUAGUUUACUCAAAUGGUAUAGAGAGAGUGUUGUAUAUAUUGGAAUGUAUGUAGUUAAUUACUUUUGACUAAAAUGUGUUCACCGGUGACCCUGUCAAUCAAGGGCUGGGGAAUAGUGCACUUCUGUUGGUUUCUGGGAAAGACAAUUAUCAACCACUGAGUCUUCUUUCUUUUCCUUUCUUCUUUUCUCUUUUUUCUGUUUCACUCCAGUUCAUUAUCUCUCUGUCUAGCACCCCACACUACAUGAACGAACACUCUCACCACAUAUCUAGUGCAGAAUUAUGAGUUAAGAAAAGUGCUUUUACAUUUUAUUCCAUUGCGUUCAAAUGUGCCACUCAAUGUCUGCUAGGACGUUUAAAUUAUUUUACGAAUGAUAAAUGCCAAAAUAAGGGGUUAUUUAUAUAAAGGUAUAUAAAUAUAUAUAUUAUAUAUUAAAUAUAGUGUGUAGUUUAAGACUAUAUUAUGUUUGUUAGAGCCUUUUUUGCACUAGUUGAAUGUUUCUGUUAUGUGCGACUAGUACUACAUGUAAACUUUUGCUCUCUAGUUUGUUGAGAAAGCAGAUUAUUUUUGCAGAACAAUGUCGCUUUUGAUUUCCUUUCCGAUUUGUAUAUCCUCUUUUUUGUUUUCUAUUUUGACUGUAGCUUGUCGGCAUACAGACCAUCCUGUGAGUGUUUUUGUAUUUAUAUUGUAGGCCUACUGUCGAACUUAUAGCAAUGAAAAUACUGUUGUUACCCUGCUCCUUUAAUACUGUUUUAUAGUAUGUGUACCAAUAAACUAUCCAGGUGUAAAAUGAAA